AUGGUUUCGAACGAGGAGAAGAAAGAGGACAAGGCUGAAGCAUUUUCAUGGUGGUGCGAUGGCAGCCAUAAUCGUCCCAAUCAAUCUCAGUGGCUUCAAACCAAUCUCUCAGAACUGGAUGAGAAGAUCAAAGUGAUGCUGAGCAUAAUAGAAGAAGAUGGAGACUCGUUUGCCAAAAGAGCCGAGAUGUACUACAAAAGAAGGCCUCAGCUUGUCAAAGUAUUGAAGGAGUUGCACAAAUCCUACAGUUCCCUGGCUGAAAAGUACGACCAACUUCGAUUUCAUGAUCAUCAUCGUCGUCGUUUCAGCCCUCCAUUGAUCGGUCGUGUUAAUCCUAGAAUGUCGUCCUUUUCUCCCGCAUUUAGAUCCUUGAGACAAAUCCAAAACCACGAGACCAAACAGACAUUGGCGCCAAAGACACCAACUUCCGAAAAUAGUAGUAGUGCUAUUGACCAUCAUGAUGCAUCAUGUAACGAUCAUUUCCAUAAGUACUUGGUCUUGGCUGAUUCUAUUGGAGGCAGAGAUUUCGAAGUUUUCGAAACAUUGAAAGACAAGGUGUGGAGCGAUAAGGAGGUGUCAGAACUGAUAGAGGAUCAUCUAAGGCAAAUGGCUGAGUUGAUAAGGAGAAAUGAGGAGAAGAGAGAGAAGAUAAAAGAGCUUCAUUGCAAAAUAAAUGGGCAUGUGGAUGAGAUUGGUGCUUUGAGGAAUUGUCUGCAGGCGAGCCCUAAGAAGGUGAUUGAUAAUUCAAAGCGAAAGCAGACCAAGAGGAUUUGUAUCAGAGAUUAG